AUUUUAUUUCCGGUCUCCGAGCCAUGAUACGUCCGACCUAUUUGGAAUAUACUGGGCUGUAUUGUGGUUCCUGGUAAAAGCCUGUAGCACGGCAGUGGAGCAUUUCGCUACAAGCCUUGUCUUGGCGGCAACUCUUCCCUCCAACCUCAUGCUCCAACUUCACACAAGCUUCUCCCAGACGGCUCUGGAUAUCAGGCCCUUUGCGUUAAUUCCCCGGGUCAGCUGAAUCAUGGACACGCAAUCAUCGCCAUUAUGAGUGCGGAACCACCGGCCUCUCCUAAACGGCGUCACAUCUUAUCCUCCAUCAACCCCGAAACCUCAAGGCGGACGUCGCCAGAACGUAAACAUGGCCGACGGCGCCGCGUCUCUCGAAGCCCGCCCGAUAUAGAUCAGGACGCACCGAUAGCAGAUUCAGCAGCACAGUCGCAUCGUGAUCAUCCAACAAAAGAUGACCACUCUGUAAAGGACGACCUGAGUCGGCCUCGGCGGACGCGCAUCAGGUUGAAAUCCGACAAACGACAACGCCGGUCCCGCUCACGAUCUCGAGACAAACACUCCAGCUCUUCAAGGCGACAUGGACAUAGCAGCCGUAGACACAGACGCCGCUCUCGGUCCCCAACGCCGCCAAACCCACAUGAAGCUGCGCCGUUGGACCCCGAGGAAGCCUUUCGCCAAUCGCUCUUCGAUGCCAUGGCCGACGAUGAAGGUGCGGCCUACUGGGAAGGGGUCUAUGGCCAACCUAUACACGUUUACAACGAUCAAAAGGUCGGCCCAGAAGGCGAGCUCGAACGCAUGACGGACGAGGAGUAUGCCUCGCACGUUCGGCAAAAGAUGUGGGAGAAGACACACGCGGGUUUGCUCGAGGAACGGGCGCGGCGUGACGCAGAAAAGAAGAAGCGAGAGGAGGAGAAGCAGCGAAAUCGUAAACUGCAAGAAGACAUGGAGCGAAGCCUCCGAAGAGGAGAAGAGCGCAGAGCCCGCAGGUCUUGGGAGCGCCGCUGGGGAGAAUACGCCAAGGCUUGGGCGAACUGGGACGGCUCAGCAAGCACCCUUGCUUGGCCCUUGGAAAACGGCCGUGGCCAAGGUGAUAUUCGCCCGGAAGAUGUGCAUGCGUUCUUUGUGCAUGGCCUUGGGCUUGACGCUUUAGGUUAUGCAGCGUUUGUCGCCAAGCUCAAAGAUGAAAGAGUGCGGUGGCAUCCGGACAAGAUGCAGCAGAGACUCGGCGGAAAGGUUGACGACGAUAUAAUGAAGGAUGUGACGGCCAUUUUCCAAACGAUUGAUAUGCUGUGGACGGAAAUGCGCGACAAGGCUACCUAGAGACCCCCCAUACAACACAUGUAUUUCUACAAACAAUUCUGCAAAUCUGACACUUUUAAUCUCAUAAUAUCACUACUGUCAUGUCACUGUUCAAUAUUUAGGGUUCAAAAGGAUUUUGUUUAUAGAGUGUUUUGUAUUUCAUUGAGAAUGUAGCUAUAUGAAGUAGAGCAGCCACGCUUCCCAUCUUCUUCUUCAUUAGGUAUAAUAGGGUAUUUGUUCGUUGCUAUCGUAGAACGUUGUCGUAGUCAAAUAGUACAUGAUGCAUUAUAUUCCAGCUCUUUGAUAUUUCGUUUUCUUCUCCGAGGGCAAAAUUAAUGCGCUUAGAGGUUGGCCAUGAGGGCAGCGCCGCCAAAGAGAGCACCCAUGGCGACAGCAGCGGUCUGAGCAGGGACGGCACCAGCAGAGGAAGAGGCAGAGGCAACCUUGCUCUGAACGGCGCUGGUGACGGAGGCAGCCUUGGACUCGAGGCUGGACUUGUCGGCACCAGUGGCAGUGGCAGCCUUGGAGAGGAGAGAGCUGGCCUCGGAGCUAGCAGCGGCAGUGAUGGAGUUGACGGCGCUGCUGACGCGGCUGGCCUCGGAAGCAGCGGCGCUGGUGGCCUGGGAGGCGAUGGAGCUGGCCUUGCUCUGGCCCUCCUGGAGAGCAGAGCUGAUGGCAGAGCCGGCAGUGGAGGCAGCACCACCAACGGCAGUGGCGGCCUCGUGGAGGAUGCUGGAGGCACCGUUGAUACCGACAUCAACGCCGGACUUGACGUCACCCCAAAAGUCGGGGUUGGGGGCGGCCUGGACGGCGACGGCGAGAGCAAGGACGGAGGCGACGGAGAACUUCAUUGUGAAUGUGGUUGGUGGUGGUUGGGUUGAGGUUGUUGUGUAAGUAAGAUGCUUUUGUAUUGUAGAUGUGCUGAUAAUGAGAUAGAAAGACUAAGAGAUAGAAGAUGGGGAGGAAUGGGAGGGCUAUAUAUGCACAUCCCAACAUCCAUCGUCCGCCCCCUCCGCAGCAAGCCCGCAAGGUAAAGCACUCGUCAUAGUGCAUGGGUCUUCUAUCAUUGGCGCAUGGCGACUGGCUCCCUCUCCUACAGUACGCACCUCAUGUAGCAGCUGGCUUGCUUUUGCGAAACUGGGGACCCGCGUGCAAAGCAAAAAAGCUUGUUUGACCGUGCGCUGUUGCUGGUGGUCUUCGAUCCAAGGCACGACGCAAGCUGUGGCGCAGCCCCCCACGGCUUGCCCAAACCAAGGAUCAGCGGUUGCACGCCCUGGAAGCAGGAGCCACAGUGGCGUUGUUGCAUGGGGCAUCGUCGUCAUUGACUGCAACUUUUGCUGUGUUGAAGCCACAGCGCGCCAUGCAGUUUACACAGUACUUUGUGCAUUAGUUUACAUCACGCAUGCAAACCAAGGAACUGCAACACCACUAGUGUAUCAGCACACUCACUCCAUGUGAGGCUGGUGCGGUGCUUCGGCUAGGCUGCACAAAUAUAGUAAUACAUAUCACACCCUUGUGUUAUGCCCGCCUGGUUUUUUGUUCAGCGGGGGACGAUCAUUCCUGCAAAAAGCCUUCUCCGUGCUGAAUCUCACCCGGAUAAUGACGCUACUAUGCAUUCAAUUCCCGCACGUUGUCGCGUUGUUGAGCAAUUGCACCAGCCACACCGUCAUUGCGUCAGCGCGGAGCGUUACAGCCGUUGGAGCCGCGAAAGCUUAGCACGUCUCGUGGCGGACAAGGGCAGUCAGCCUGCCUGCCCACCAUUGUAAAACGUGGUCCUGGUAACAAAUAGACAGGGCAACGAGUCUUGGAUGGGCUCGCUUAGCCAGAGGCUGUAUCAUGAUUAAUCAACGCGAAAAGUGAUUAAUAUAUUUUAAUUGAGCUGUUUUUUUGAUUGAAUUGUUUCAAUUGAACACAAACAAGUUGUCCAAGUUUAC